CUGUAGGCACCAGUACCACUUCAAAACAAAUCUGAUUUCGAAUGAGACGCAUCUCAAAAUGACUUGGCUUUCUCUGAAGUGCUUUAGGCCGCCAGCGGUACCAAACAAUGCUGGGGAGGCUAUAGAAAGGAAGGACAAAGGAGGAAAAAAAAAGAAAUCCUGGCUGAAGAAGUUUUUUGAAAAAAAAAUUAAAGGAAAAAAGGCAAUGGUGGUGGAGAGCCAGGCAGUGGAGGAGGUGGUGGAGAGCCAGGCAGUGGAGGAGGUGGAGGAGAGCCAGGCAAUGGAGGAGGUGGAGAGCCAGGCAAUGGAGGAGGUGGAGAGCCAGGCAAUGGAGGAGGUGGAGAGCCAGGCAAUGGAGGAGGUGGAGGAAAAGUGCAAGGAAAUGGAGGAAAAGUGCAAGGCAAUGGAGGAAAAGUGCAAGGAUUGGUGGAGUGCAAGGAUUUGUGAAGGAAAGAAAGGCAAUGGUGAAGGAAAGAAAGGCAAUGGUGAAGGAAAGAAAGGCAAUGGUGAAGGAAAGAAAGGCAAUGGUGAAGGAAAGAAAGGCAAUGGUGAAGGAAAGAAAGGCAAUGGUGAAGGAAAAAGGCAAUGGUGGAGGAAAAAGGCAAUGGUGGAGGAGAGUAUGGCAAUGAUGGAGUACAAGGCAAGGGAGAUGAUGCAAGAUGAGGAAGCCAGUAGUGGAUGAGACUGAACAGAACAUUGACUAUCAGUACUAAAAUAUGUAAAUACUUUUAAAUACUUGUAAAUAAAGCAUUAAAAAUGAA